AACAGCCUUUCCCCUUUUCAGGUAUUGUGUCACUUGUCAACAUCAAUUCUAGCAUCCCCUGAAAAUCCAACAUAUAAACAAGCCAUAUAUCCAUCUCAACCCCCACAGUCAGGAUAGGUAACACAAAUAAAAAGAAGUUGAAGUUGAAGUUGAAGCCUGAAGUUUGUUUUUCUCUCUUGGGUGCCUCUGGUUUCACUGGUGGAGAAGAGAAAUGUCAGCAGCUGUUGGGACUUUCUCAGCCUUGGGCAAUGGACUGGAAAUUGAAGAAUUGAAGAAGAAUAAGCAGAAGAAGAAGAAGAAGAAUAUCAAUAACAUUAAAGUUUCAAAUACUAAAAUAGAUGAAGAAGAGGAGCACCAUGUUUGUAGAGAUCAAGAAGAGAUUGAUGAAAAUGAAGAUGAGGAGGAUGAUUCCAUACUCGAAUCUUUGAAAGAAUUGGAUCUUGGUCCUCAAGUUUCUCUCAAGGAACAGCUUGAAAAAGACAAGGAUGAUGACAGCUUAAGGAGAUGGAAGGAACAGCUUCUUGGAAGUGUUGAUAUCUCUGCUGUUGGAGAAAGCAAAGAACCAGAAGUAAAGAUAAUAAGCCUGUCAAUCUUAUGUCCGGGACGCCCUGAAAUAGUCUUGCCAAUUCCAUUACCUACAACUUCAAAGAGCAACAGUUUGUUCACUCUCAAAGAAGGAAGCCAAUAUCACCUCAAGCUAUCCUUCACUGUUUCUAACAAUAUUGUAUCAGGCCUCAAAUAUACCAACACUGUCUGGAAGACUGGAGUGAGAGUGGACAAAACAAAAGUAAUGCUGGGAACUUUCAGUCCAAAGCAAGAGCCUUAUACAUAUGAAUUGGAAGAGGAAACUACACCUUCUGGCAUUUUUGCUAGAGGUUCCUACUCUGCUAGAACCAAGGUAGUAGAUGAUGAUGGCAAAUGCUAUUUGGAUGUCAACUACUGCUUUGAAAUCCAAAAGAAGUGGCCCUCAGGAUCUUGAAGAUCUCUUACACUUUUACUUUGUUUGUACUGGCUUUCUCUGUUUUCUUUUUCUUGUAACCUUUUUUUUUUUUUUGGUAAUAUUUUCUUUUGCUUUGGCUUGUUGUAUGUACCAUUUGGCUAAAAUGCAAAAGUGGGUUAUUCAUUUUUCAAAACUACGUUA